UAAAAUCUCGCGCAAAUCGUAGCCUCAUUUCACCACUUCAUCCCAACUUCAUAAUUCUAAAUCAUCUUCCUCCUCCUUAUCUUUCUUCUUCAGCACUCCAUCAAGCAUGCAGAAAAUAGUGUUGAAGGUGGAAUUACACGAUGAAAAAUUGAAACAGAAAGCCAUGAGGACUGUCUCUGGCAUUCAAGGGGUGGAUUCAGUAUCAGUGGACAUGAAUGAAAACAAGAUGACGGUGGUGGGGGGCAUAGACCCAGUGAUCGUGGCGGGGAAGUUGAGGAAGUUGUCUUACGCAGACAUAUUGUCGGUAGAACCAGUCAAAGACGAACCCAAGAAAGAAGAACCUAAGAAAGAAGAACCCAAGAAACCAGAGGAGGUGCCCUGGGUCUGGUAUCCUUAUAAUCCUCCUUACCCUUAUUGCUAUGUCACACCUGUGGAGCAAAAUCCUGUUGGCUGUGUCAUCUUAUAAACACCCUUUUCUUUCACUUGACAUUUAAAGGGUACGAGAAAAGAGUGCAUGCUCUUUCAGCAAAGGGCUACCUUUUUGUGGGAUUUUUUUUAUUUUAAACCAGCUGUGGGAGGUUGUUUUGUUUUAUGAAUUAUGGUUGAGGUAUGUUUUGAUAAAACUAAAUCAUAAUUUUAAAAAUAAUUUUAUGAUAUGUAAAAUAGGUAUAUGAGAAAAGUCAGGGGAAUAGUGACUUAUGCUCUUUCUAGGUUAGGGAUGUUUGGUUAUUGCCUUGUUGUAUAAUGAAUAUGGCAGGAUGCACAAGGAUCCAGCAAUGGACCUCGGCCAUAUCUGGUCUUGGAAGUACAUGAAUUUGUGGAAUAAAGUGUAUUUUCUUU